AUGGCAUCUCCUCGACGUGCCAUGGCCCCUAAUCGCGCGACACCUGGCCGGCCCUUGCGCGCACUCGCGUCCAUCGAAACCCUUACCGAACCUCCGAGCAAGAAGAUCAAGUUCAUGCCUGGCGGACCACGAGGCGGCGGCAGAUACAUUGACUCGGAAGGCAACGAGAUGUCGCGAGCACAGGCAGUGGCCCUUGGUGUGCCGCUGACUGCACCUCGCCAGCGCGCGCGGAGAGAGGCGAGCUCGGCAUCACUGGCGAAUGGGGAACAUGCACAGGCCGACGACGGCACGCCGCUCGUGACACGUACCAUGCAGACGCGACCCCGCCGCGAGCGACCGCAGCGAUACGCACCACAGGCGACAACACCACGCCCACGCUACAGCAAUGCAGCAGCAGCAGCAGCGGCCAGUUUGGCUAGCGACGGCUACAAACCGCGAGAAGAACGCAGCUGGGAGGACUUUCAUCCUGACCUGAAUAUCGAGGUUGGAAUGCCUGUAUACACCGCGGACGAGGUAGACGGAAGAUACGAGUCCCGGUUGCCGAAGCUGGUUGUCGAGAGCUCUGACGGAAAGCAAUCAUUGAAUGGAGACGGGGAUAUCGAAAUGAAAGAUGCCACUUCCGAAUCAGCCCCACACCCGCAACAUCCAGUCCCCAAGGUUACCACACCAGCCAAGAGGGGCCCUGGGAGACCCCCAAGGCGGCCGCAGGCGAUGCUGAGUGGAUUGGGCUCUCCGACGCCGCCGCGAAUUGUUCCUCUACCAACCCACAACCCGAAAGAGCGCCUGAACCUGCCAAAUGCAAAGUACCACGAGCACAAUCAUUUUCUGCAGUAUGAAGAGAGUCAAAAGGAGAACAAGGCAAACUAUGUGGAUCGCACCAUGGCUGGAGUGGGAUACCAAGAGAGCGAUCACUUUGGGCUUCCACCCGUGCUGGUCCGCCUCUCCGAGKGACAGCAAAUCGAAGACGAGGCGGAGGUGGGACUACGACUGCAAAGCGACGGACAAUCUGAAGUCGCACAGGGCUCCCCAGUGGUCGGCAAUGUUGAAUAUGACAUGGACGAGCAAGACGUGGCGUGGCUGGAAGAGGUCAACGAGCAGCGAAGGGCAGAAGGCGUGGAUGCUAUACGACCGGCGAUCUUUGAGAUCACCCUGACGCAGAUCGAAAAGGAAUACCAUGCCCUCGAAAAACGAAUGCCGAAACCUCAACCUCGCCAUUCCCAGCUCAACCGCCCUAGAUCGAGCUCUCAGGCGGCGGUAAAUGGCGAUCCCAACCCAUCGGGAGACGAGCCUGAUAGCAAGUGCUCGAUCUGCGACGAUGGAGACUGCGAAAACACCAACGCCAUCAUCUUCUGUGACGGCUGCGAUGUUGCAGUCCACCAGGAAUGCUACGGUGUCCCCUACAUACCGGAAGGACAGUGGUUCUGCCGGAAAUGUAAGAUAACUGGCACAGGCACUCCAACGUGUGUUUUUUGCCCCAACAUCGAGGGUGCUUUCAAGCAAACCAACACUGAUCGUUGGAGCCAUUUACUUUGUGCGAUAUGGAWUCCUGAAGUCACCGUUAGCAAUUUGACGUUCAUGGAGCCCAUCACCGAUGUGGAYAAAGUCCCUAAGAGCAGAUGGAAGCUGAAUUGCUACAUCUGCAAUCAGAAAAUGGGAGCUUGCAUUCAAUGCGGCAACAAGAACUGCUACCAAGCAUUUCAUGUAACGUGUGCGAGGAAGGCCAAGCUCUUCCUCAAGAUGAAGUCGCAGCAUGGGGGCGCCAUCGACCAGUCUGCUCUCAAAGCCUUUUGCGACAAGCAUGUCCCACAAGAGUGGCGUCGAAUUCACGACCCCGAGCAGGCCGUUCAAGAAGCGAAGCAGUGGUACUCACGUCAUUAUAGGAGCAGGACGUGGGCCGAUAGCCCAAGCACGCUUCUGGAGAUCGAAGCGCCGCCGCCGCACGAGGGUGGUGGUGAUGGCGUAGUCUCCGAGGACACAAUUGCCGUGACGAAACGACCAAAGACGAAACCUUCAAAGCCCAGCUGGAAGACGCAGACCGGCGCACCUGUGGUGCCAGCGAUCAUCUACAACACCGUUGAGUCGAGUCUGACGCGCUUCAAUGUUCGAAAGAGGAAGGAGUUCGUCGAGAAGGCUUGCAAAUAUUGGACGUUGAAGCGAGAGGCGCGUAGGGGAGCUGCUCUGCUGAAGCGACUGCAGCUGCAAUUAGAGAGCUUCUCUAGCAUGGAGAUCACUCGUCGUAACUUCGCAGGCAUGGGCUCGGCGGGCGGGCCCAAGCUUGAGCGACGCAUUGAACUUGCGGAGAUCCUGCAGAAGGAUAUGGGCCACCUUACCGGACUGACUGCACUGACACGGGAGCGGGAGGAGCUGCGCUUGAAGGAGAUUGAGGUCCUCGUUGAGUUGGUCAACAGUGUCUACUUUCCGAUCCCUCCGCUGCUCUGGCCGAUCCUGCAUCGCGCUCAAAAGCUUGACGAAAAGACCAAGAGCUUCCGUGCUGGGUUCAACGCGCUUGCUGAUCGCCUUCGGGACCGAUAUUACACAUCCGUGGGCGACUUUUCCAGGGACAUGUCGCUGGUGUUCAGCCAGGUGCUUGGCGAGACUCCAGAGACGUCUGCGCGCAGCCAACAUGAGCAUGGCAUGGACACGAUCUACACCCAACUCGAGAAAGCCAUGCCUGGUACUGCACAACAUUCCGCUUUGCCACAAGAUCAGAAGGAGCUGAAGCGGCUUGCUAAGCGCAUUGCCAAAGCCGUCAAGGAACCCCUGGAGGAGGCAACGCGGAAAGAGGCCGAACUCAGAGGCCGCGAGAUGGAGGAGGAGAUUCGCAAACUGGAUUCCAUGGGAAUGUUCGCAUCGAACGUGAAGUCUGUCGAGGCUGACGGUGACGGUGACGAAGAUGUCGAUGCAGAAGCUUCGAACUUGAGUAAGCGUCGCACGGCUUCCGACGCUUCGGCUACUGCAGGUGCGUCCAACUUGGACGAACUAUCCAUGGCGAAUGGUGACAUUGAAAUGCCCAAUGCUGAUCAGCGGACGGAUGAAGCGAUUAUACAUCUCAACCUUACCAGUAAAGCCGAAAGCUUGCCCAUCGGAGGAAGCCGACCAACGCCUCCUUCUCAUGAUGCAAGCUACGCGUCUUCUUCCAACUCCGACCUCGCACAGAAGACAAAGCCUGCCGAACCCCUUUCACCGCCCAACUCGGCCUCAUCUGCUCCCACCAACGUGGCCCCGUCUGCAAACGGAGACUCGAGCAAUGUAUCGGGCGGCUCGCAUGAUUUCCUUGCCCAGGGUGGUGUGGGCUGGUAUUUAACGCCAUUCGAUCCAGUAGGGACGACUAUCCACGAGGAGAGAUACACUGGCCGCGCCGUGUUGCGUKACAUGUCCGAGGAGCUUUCAGACAUGGACGAAGACACUCUGACGGAGCUAGCGACUGGUGCCGAGAGCACACCCACUGAUCCAUCCGGACCCAACAGCGCCACCUUGACGCCUGUCAUUGCGCAAAAGAAGGCUGCUGCCAAGAAGAAGCGAGGUCGGCGUCAGCAGUGGUCCAGGUAG